AUGGCUGGUCUCCAACACCCAUUCCACUGUCUGCGAUAUGUCAACAGACAGUCAGCAGGCCAAUCGGAUAUCCUUAUUGCCACGGCUGGUCGCAAUCUGUACUCAUACGAUGCGUCCAGUGGCCAACGUCUGGAUGUGUGGCCUCAGCCCGUAGAUGCCAAUGCGGAGGAUAAAGGCUCUGACGCGGCUCCCGCAUCUGAAAGCCAAGGCCCUCCAGAAAAGCGGAGAAAGCUUUCUUCGAGCUCUGAGGAACAGAAAGAUGCCAAAUCUGAGCCAAAGCCUAAGGAUUCAAACAAGGAAACAUCCAACUCCUGGACCAACAUUCCCCUCGUGACUGUUGCCCACGGCAAAUAUGUAGUGAUCAUGACCUCCGAGGACAAAUGUGUUCGAGUCCUGAGUUUGGACAAUGAAGGCAAACUCCAACAAUUGAGUGCUCGUACAAUGCCCAAGAAGCUCUCUGCUCUUACUCUGACUCCCGAUGAGAACAACAUCUUGUCGGGUGACAAAUUUGGAGAUGUGUACACUUUCCCUCUCAUUCCAAGCGGAGAAUAUGUGAAAGUCCAGGCCCCAGCGAAGCCUUAUGAGCCAUCUGCCACAAACCUCACGGUGCACACGAAGCGCAACCUUGAAUCAUUGGAGCAACAAAUGCGACAGGCUGCUCUGUCCAAGAACAACCAAGCAGAACGAGUUGUCCUGAAUUUCGAGCAUCAAGUCAUUAUCGGUCAUGUUUCGUUGUUAACGGAGUUGAUAUCCGUUACCCGGCCUGCGGACUCGACCGUUGGCAAGCGGAAUUACAUCCUGACUGCGGAUCGUGAUGAGCACAUCCGUGUCUCCCGUGGUGUUCCCCAAGCACAUGUAAUUGAGCAAUUCUGCUUUGGCCACACUUCUUUUGUCAGCAGUCUGUGUGUCCCUUCGUUCGAAUCCAAGGUUCUGAUCUCGGGUGGUGGCGACAGCUAUCUGCUUGUGUGGAACUGGCUCGAGAACCAGAUCUUACAGAAAGUCCAGCUUCCUAGCUCAGAAGGAGAGGUAACAGUGCGCGGCAUUUGGGAUGUUUCCCCUGCGCCUACCGCGGAAAAUGCCGAUCCUGUGAAGGCUAUCUUUGUUGCACUUGAAGGCUCUUCACAGCUUCUUUACUACACUCUGGAAAGCGAUAACACGAUAAUCCACCAAGAUACCCUCCAGCUGUCAGGAAAUAUUCUCUCACUGACUGGCCUUGAUUCAAGGGGCUCUAUUGUUGUUGCCGUGGAUACUUUGCGGGAAACCAAUUCCACAAGUGUCUGGAGGUCUUCUUCCCAGCCUCCUCUCGAAACCUUCCGGUUCAGUUCUGGAAAAUGGGCUCCUGCAGAGGACUCCAUGGUCAUCAAAAUUAACUCCGAAGGUACCUCAAGCGUCUCCACGACAUUGGAGCAGAAGCAGCAGAAAGAGCUCAAUGAUUCAAUGUAUAAUUUGAGCAACCUGCGGAAGAGAGAUGAACCAUACGACGACUAA